AUGCUUUGUGAACUCAACCGUGCAAAUGUUCGACAUUCCCUGCGAAACCCCAGCCACCUGAGAGCUGACAGUCCCACCCCCGAUGACCUUUUCCCGGUGGACGUUAGUGCGGUUUCACCCCAUUCCACUGGGGGUCUUCUUCCAGCCAAGUUGGCCACCACCGUGGAAACCAAACCGACAUCCUUCCGACCCACGGGCAUCAGUGUAACCUCAACUGUUCCACCGUUGGUGCUUCAACGACGCACUGAAACCGACGGCAAGCACUGUAAGUGGCCUCCACCCUCCGGCACUUAA